CUCGGGCGCGCGCAGCCAGCCUCGGCCUCCCCGGGGAUCCGGACACGCACGCAGGGGCCGCCGGCGGCGGGACAGGAGGCUGGGCGAGGGGCCCCCGCCCGCUCACCAUGGUCAAGACACGCUUCUCCAAGUUCCUGCAGAAACUCGGCUUCUCCGGCGCGGGCCAUCAGUACGAGCGGCUGGAGAGGGGCGAGUUGGAAACCUCGUUUGAUGAACAGUGUGAGUUGAAAGCCAUCGAGAAAGAGAAGACGGUGGUCGCCCUGCCACCCAAGGAGGCGAGCAAAUGCCACAGAGAGGAUUUGGCCGAAGCGUUUUCCGUGGACUUACAGAAUGGGCUGUCAGAGUUCUCGGUGACACAGCGCAGGCUGGUCCACGGCUGGAACGAGUUUGUCGCUGACAACACUGAACCCGUGUGGAAGAAAUACCUUGAUCAGUUUAAGAACCCCCUGAUCCUGCUGCUGCUGGCCUCUGCCUUGGUGAGCAUCCUCACGAAGAACUAUGAGGACGCCAUCAGCAUCACCGUGGCCGUGCUGAUCGUGGUCACUGUGGCCUUCAUCCAGGAGUACAGGUCGGAGAAAUCUCUGGAAGAGCUGACCAAGCUGGUACCUCCCGAAUGUCACUGCGUAAGAGAAGGAAAGCUCCAGCACCUGCUGGCGCGAGACCUGGUUCCCGGGGACAUCGUGUGUCUCUCCAUCGGAGACCGGAUCCCUGCAGACAUCCGUCUCACUGAGGUCACAGACCUCCUGGUAGACGAGUCCAGUUUCACGGGAGAAGCUGAGCCAUGCAGUAAGACGGACACCCCGUUGACAGGCGAGGGGGACCUCACCACCCUGAGGAACAUCGUCUUCAUGGGGACCCUGGUUCAGUACGGGAAGGGGCAGGGAGUCGUGAUCGGAACAGGGGAAAGGUCUCAGUUCGGAGAAGUGUUUAAGAUGAUGCGGGCCGAAGAGACACCUAAAACUCCUCUACAAAGAAGCAUGGACAAGCUGGGGAAACAACUGACACUUUUCUCGUUCUUCAUAAUUGGCAUCAUCAUUCUCACUGGCUGGCUGCAAGGGAAGCAUCUUCUCAGCAUGUUCACGAUUGGGGUCAGCCUGGCCGUGGCUGCCAUUCCAGAGGGUCUGCCCAUCGUUGUCAUGGUUACGCUGGUCCUGGGAGUGCUGCGGAUGGCCAAGAAGCAGGUCAUUGUGAAGAAGUUGCCGAUCGUGGAGACUUUAGGUUGCUGCAAUGUUAUCUGUUCUGAUAAGACGGGGACCCUGACUGCCAACGAAAUGACUGUCAGCCAACUCGUAACGUCUGAUGGGCUCCAUGCCGAGGUCAGCGGAGUUGGGUAUAACGGCCAAGGGACAGUCUGCCUUUUACCGUCAAAGGAAGUCGUUAAGGAGUUUUCCAACGUCUCCGUGGGGAAGUUGGUGGAGGCCGGCUGUGUCGCCAACAAUGCUGUCAUCAGGAAGAACACCGUGAUGGGACAGCCCACGGAAGGUGCCUUGAUCGCCCUGGCAAUGAAGAUGGACUUAAGUGACGUUAAAGAUUCCUACGUGAGAAAACAAGAGAUCCCGUUCAGUUCAGAGCAGAAGUGGAUGGCAGUAAAGUGCAGCCCCAAGAAUGAGGAGCAGGAAGACAUCUACUUCAUGAAGGGGGCCUUCGAAGAGGUGGUUCGCUACUGUACCACGUACAACAAUGGGGGCAUCCCCCUGCCGCUGACGCCCCAGCAGAGGUCCUUCUGCCAGCAGGCAGAGAAGAGGAUGGGGUCGCUUGGCCUGCGGGUGCUGGCCUUGGCUUCUGGGCCCGAACUGGGGCAGCUGACAUUUCUGGGUCUCGUGGGCAUCAUCGACCCUCCGAGGGCUGGCGUGAAGGAAGCCGUGCAGGUCCUCUCGGAGUCCGGCGUGUCCGUGAAGAUGAUCACGGGGGAUGCCCUGGAGACGGCCUUGGCGAUAGGACGGAACAUCGGCCUGUGCAACGGGAGGCUGAGUGCCAUGUCCGGGGAGGAGGUGGAAAGUAUGGAGCCGAGCAAGCUGGCUGACCACGUGGGGAAGGUGUCUGUCUUCUUCAGGACCAGCCCGAAGCACAAACUCAAAAUCAUAAAGGCUUUGCAGGAGUCGGGGGCGAUUGUGGCCAUGACGGGGGAUGGGGUGAACGACGCGGUGGCCCUGAAGGCGGCGGACAUUGGGAUCGCCAUGGGGCAGACGGGGACGGACGUCAGCAAAGAGGCUGCCAACAUGAUCCUGGUGGACGAUGACUUCUCAGCCAUCAUGAGCGCCGUGGAGGAAGGCAAGGGGAUUUUCCAUAACAUCAAAAACUUUGUCCGCUUUCAGCUGAGCACGAGCAUCUCGGCCUUGAGCCUCAUCGCUCUGUCCACCAUGUGCAACCUGCCCAACCCCCUCAACGCCAUGCAGAUCCUGUGGAUCAACAUCAUCAUGGACGGGCCGCCAGCACAGAGCUUGGGCGUAGAGCCGGUGGACAAAGACACCCUCCGGCAGCCGCCGAGGAAGGUCAAAGACAUGAUCCUCAGCAGAGCCCUCAUCCUGAAGAUCCUGCUGUCGGCCUCUGUCAUCAUCAGCGGGACCCUCUUCAUCUUCUGGAAAGAGAUCCCCGAGGACAAGGCGAGCACCCCGCGCACCACGACCAUGACCUUCACCUGUUUUGUGUUCUUUGACCUCUUCAAUGCCCUGACUUGUCGCUCUCAGACCAAGCUGAUAUUCGAGAUCGGCUUCCUCCGGAACCACAUGUUCCUGUACUCGGUGCUCGGGUCCAUCCUAGGGCAGCUGGCCGUGAUUUACGUGCCCCCACUGCAGAAGGUCUUCCAGACGGAGAACCUGGGGGUGCUCGACUUGCUGCUCUUAACCGGGUUGGCCUCAUCCGUGUUCAUCUUGUCAGAGCUCCUCAAACUGUGUGAGAAACUCUGCUCCAAGGCCAGGAGAGCCCAGGCCCGCCAGGAAGAUGCGUAGUGGAGCCCGACCCCGUAAAAGCCCCAGAUAAGCUAUAUUUUUAUGUGACUGCGCCCCUCCCCCGGCCCUCCUCAGAGAAGGGGUGUUUCUAGGACACGCAGCAGGAGGUCGCUCGCCCAGUUCUCCCGGGAGGCCAGCAGGAAGCUCGGCCCCGGCGGCAUGCACACGUGCCCCUCGGGCUCCGGGACGGACUGUGAGGAAGCUGCACAGAAACACCCGCUAUUUAUUAAAUCACAGUGAUU